CUAGCAUUAUAGCCAAGGAAACUCAUUAGAACUUCGCGAAUAUUUGUGGUUGGAUUAUGGUCUUCCCAGGGAAGAACACUGCGGCCCAGAGCAAUCAAUUGCCACAAUUGAAGAAUAAGAGAGUUCAAAAAGUUCCCAGGGCCUGUCAGAGAUGCCGGCGCCAGAAACUCAAGUGUGAUGUUAAUCGUCCAUGCACUCUGUGUGAACGGGCUGGGGUAGAUUGCUCAGUUAUGGAGGCCGAUAUUUGGAAGCCUGUGAGCCCAAACCAAAUCAUAGGCAAAGUUCGUAAACUCGAUGGCGACGGUUCUAUCCACCGGGAUACAAAGCGGGCUUCUUACUCAGCUCAAGCCGUCGAAGAGAAAGCUAUAACGACAACAGCAACAAAAGUCUCCUCUUCCGCACGCCAUGAAGCUCGAUGUAUCUCCAGCGAAGCCAGCGAAGCCAGGGAUGCAAGCCCCGCAGCCUUGCAGUCACCAUGGGCUUCAAGCUCCGCGGCCAUGACCUUUGUAAAAGAGGCAUUCGACCACCAGGACACGAUAGCACCAGAAGGACGAGAUGUUUCAGCUCUCUCUGCUACACACUGGACUCGGGAAGGCGCAUCAGGCAGCACCUGGCCUAAACAAAGUCAAGCCCGCCUCAAAAAGCUUAUUGCAGCUGAAAAAAAAUUCAUGAUUUUACUCCCAGAUAUCAGAGCUGCUACGCUACUAGUCGAAAACUAUUUUGAUAAAAUUCACUGGUUUGUACUAGUUUUCCACCAGAGAGAAUUUAGAGAUAAGUUUCAGCAGCUUUACGCCUCUGAGUGUCAAGAAUUUGAAGAACACGGCUCUCGACUCGGGUACAUCAGCGUGUUUCUCGCAGUUUGCGCCGUCAGUUUACAGUAUACCAGUUCUGAUCAAAAGCAGAAGCUAGCAGAUGUCGGGGUCGAGCAACAUGUGCUACAGGACGAUAUACUUGACGCUUUGAGGCUUAGACUUCUUGACAUAGUAUCACUAGGCUCCUUGGAAUCGAUUCAGACAUGUGUACUGCUAGGGACUUUUUAUCUCUAUCAUGGGCAACCAGAACUCGCUUGGCCAAUUUGUGGUUGUGGUUUACGAAUUGCUCAAGCUCUGAACAUACAUCGGCGAUCAUCGAGUGGCAGUUCCACCCCGGAUUUGGAUGAUCCAAUACAAAGAGCGCAAGAAUCCAGGAAACGAUGCUGGUGGGCUAUAUAUGAAAUCGAGACCUUCUGUUCGAUGCUCUAUGGUUUCCCGCUCAGCAUCUCAGACAGGGAUUGUGACACAAAGCCCUUGCACCCAUAUGCAGUAAGGUCGUUGGAUUCUCUAGGAGAUUCCAUCUUUCGCCGUGCAGCUGGUGAACCAACUCUUCUUUCGUAUAAAUAUUUCAUGGUGCAGCUAUCUAUCAUUGUCAAGUCGGCAUUGGCUGAUAUUUAUGGCUUGCAUCGGCCUUCCGAUGACUCCAAGAAACGAGAUGACAAAUAUAGCUUGAACCGGCUCUUAGAAACGGUUACAAACUUGGAUGCAAGACUACAAAAAUGGUCUCAGAGCUUACCGGUACGGCUCCAGUUCAAUGAAGCGACCAAAGAUCCGACUUCUCGCUUGCAUAUUUCGUCAGAUCGCUAUUUCGAAGAUCAUCUCUUCCAGCUUCAGGCCCUUGCACUUAAGCUCGCAUUCGAGAACGCCAGGAUACUAAUCUAUCGGCCCUUGCUCUCGUACAGACGGAUCGUUACUACUCACGCAACAAGAGACAGCUUUACAACACAGGAUACGCAAGCAAUAGAUCCAUUUCAAACAUCGAUACAGAAAUGUCGAGAUGCGGCCUUUCAAGUUUUGCUGCUUGGUUCAUUUCCCAUCUUUCAACAGGUCGCAGAUACGUACGCUGUAUCCUUUGUAUCGCUACAUCUCUUCACAGCGAGUAUAACACUGUCUAUCCUGACAGGCCUUGAACCGCUCAGUCGAGAGUCUCAUGAAUCAAAAAUGGGCUUACGACGGCUGAUGGAGAUGCAAUCCCGAUUGAAGUCCAAAAGUAUUAUCGCAGAACAAGGGUUCAGAAUACUGAAGACACUGAUGUCUCUUAUACUUGAGAAAGAGGCAAAGAAAAUAUUCAAUUUCGAAUCCACUGGUGUAGAUGAUCAGAUAUCACUCAACCCUCGAAAUUUGUUGCCACACCCACGAAGCCCCCAUCAAGAGGAUCUACAGGUCGGUGACCAAUUUAUAGCCUCGCCCGUGGAAAAAUCCAAAGACGCAUUGACUGGCGCCGAUCUACCGGAAGAUUCACCCAGUUUCAUAGAAAAUGACAAUAUAUUUCGCUUCGACAUCUGCGAAGAUCCGUCGAUGAUACAGGCGCUUUUCCAGCUCGAACAGGGAUUUGAAAUAAACACAAAUGUAAGCACUGAAAUGGAGCUGAAUGACAUGGAAUCCUCAAUAGAGAGUUCGUUUGGGAGUCAGGACCCAGGGUGGAUAUGGAGUAUCGACUCAUAUAAGUAAGCUGUAGUAUUAUUGUCAUGAACCAACCACAUAAGAUCCCUCUAGUACAUACCUCCGGGUAAACCACAGACAAGACAACCAAUUAG